AUCUCAACUUGGUCUGUCGGUAUCGGCAUCACGAAUCGUUGUACCCGUGUGCCCGUGCCGGUCAAGAAGGAAAGAAAAAGAAGGCCAGAGGAAGAGGGGGGGGAGGGGGAGUAUUUCGCGAUUCCUACCCUGCCCUCAACCCCGACCGACCUGUGUGUACUCGAGUACAAUACGAGUACCGAUAUCAUACUCGCCAGCACCGCCGACCUCCCCGUGCGACGCGAAUCCAUUUACCGGUACUCGUAUUCGGCUCUUGGCGAGUACUGCACCCUAUGUACCGGUUCUUGUCCUCUGCGCCACAGGGCUUCCUUCCCAACCCCUCCCCUCGAAGUAUCCCAAAUACCGGUAUCCAGUUCGCCCCCCCCUUUUUCCAUCUCCAACACGGUCUUAACGCUACGGGGGCUUUUGCCAACCCCGUGUCUAGCUCUUCGCGCGAUCAGCCUGCUGUCUCGGCAUAGGAACGGUACUCGUAGGCAAAUGUGAUUAUCUUAUAGCAAUGGUCUAUCCGGCAGUCCUGCACGCUUUCUGGUGUCCAGCACGCACGACGGAGACGGGGGAGAGGAGGGUUGGGAGCCCAUACACAGCAUCACUUCCACCACCGAGAAUGCGCGGUGUGGCUCAUGUUCGGCCAAUUGCAUCCUCGAACGGGGCAAUGGAGAAUCAGGUCGGCAAAUCAUGCCCGACAAUUUUCCUUGGAUACCCACCAGGGCCAUAUUAGAUGACGGUAUUACAUCCGCCAAGCUGAUGGGGCAUCUGACUCGAAGCACCAGUCGGGGUCCUCUUCACAUGUUCCCCCUGCCACCGGUGAACACAUCUUAAACGUAAAAUUCUCCUGGACGCCAGCACAAGAUGCUCGCUCCUAAGACAACGAGCUUCCUGGAGGGCGCAUCUGGGUCGGGAGUAUCUAUUCCGCUCGGUGUACCAAUCACACGGGCGCUCCUUCGUCGCAUCCCCUUGUUGAACAGCCGUCUAGAGACAUAUCUUAUCCUAUCCCGGGAUUGGCACAAACAGAAUAUAGCGUCGAGGCUCGCAGACUCAGGAAGCGCGGAGGCGCCGAUUAGAAUUGUCUCGGGGAGAAUCCGGGAAGCGAGAGGGGAUUGCUAUUGAGAACUGUUUCUCGGCAUGUCCGUGGCCUUUGUUGUGAUAUCGCUGGGGUUGUUAGGGACUUCCUGAUAACCACAUGCAAGAAGCAGUCUAGACGAAUGUGAGGAGAUGCGAGGAAUGGUAUGGAUUGGAAAGAAUGUAGCCACCAGAUAGAUAUCUGGUUGUGGGUUAGAUUGGAAUAAGGACGAGGAAUGGUAUGGAUUGGAAGGAAUGGAGCCACUCGGUGGAUAUCUGAUCGGUUGGAUUUUCUAUAGUAUAUAGUGGUCAUCUACUUUGGUGAUAGGAAGGGAGUUAAUCAAGUCAAGAAAACACUUCACAACU